UUUAUAACCGAUUCUACUCAACAUCUCUAGUGGAUUGUCAAAUGAAUUGUCAAACUGAUGACCCUCAAAACAAAAUUUGUAACCGCAAAACAAAAUAAGACAUUAUUAUUAUAAGCAAGAUGUUUUAUCAUUAGUGUUCUUUUGUAUGUUUUCGACAGGACUAUCUCGAAACAGUAUAAUAAAAUGGAUUCAGCUGACGAAGAAGAAUUAUUAUUCUUAAGUAUCAGUAUUGCCUAUAUACAACAAAGAAGGAAACCCAGAUUAUGGGUGCGUAACUUUUUCAAGAAAAGGGAAACCCAUGGUGUUUGCAGUUCUCUUUACAAUGAUUUAGUUAUUCAAGAUGCACUCGGCUAUAAAAAUACUUUACGAAUGUCGCCAGAAGAUUUGGAAAUAUUAUUGCAAAAAGUAUCUCCAAAAAUAACAAAACAUGACACAAAUUUUAGACAGGCUAUUUCACCAAAGGACCAGUUGUUAGUGACUCUACGUUAUCUAGCAACUGGAGACACAUAUACAGCUUUGAUGUUAAUAAGCAGAAUCUCAAAAACUAAAAUAAGUGUAUUUGUACCUGAGGUUUGUAAAGCUAUUGUUCAGGUGCUAGCAGACUAUAUCAAAAUGCCAACAACUGCAGAGGGAUGGGAGGAUGUUGCCCAAAAUUUUAAGUUAAAAUGGAAUUUACCUCACUGCAUAGGUCAUCUAGAUGGCAGGCAUAUAGAGAUGAUAAGACCAAAGAAUGGGAAUGAUUAUCUUAAUUAUAGAAAAAAUUUUAGCAUUGUGCUCUUAGGUCUAGUUGAUGCUAAUUAUAAUUUCCUAUAUGUAGAUGUUGGAACACCAGGUAAAAUAUCAGACAGUGAAGUGUUUAAUAGUACUAACUUAUGCAGAUCAUUACAAAAUAAUACAUUAAAUUUGCCACCGCCCAAACCAUUACCAGGUAGGACCCAACCUUCCCCUUAUGUUAUAGUUGGUGAUGAUGCAUUUGCACUUAGCAAACAUUUAUUAAAACCUUAUUCAUAUUAUCAGAUAAAUGGCCACCCAGAGAAGAUGUUCAACUACAGGUUAAAUAGGGGUAGAGUGGUUGUAGAAAAUGCUUUUGGCAUUCUUUCUGCACGAUUUCGAGUACUCCGUCAAUCUAUUCUAGUUUCCCCCCCAAAAGCUUCUACAAUUGCACUAGCUUGUGUAUAUUUGCACAACUUUUUAAGGAAAAGUGAAAAGUCACACUAUUUGUAUACACCACCUGGAUCUCUAGACGAAAUGAAUCCAGUCAGUGGAGAAAUCACAUUAGGAACCUGGCGAGAUAGAAAUCAAGGCAUGAUUUCUCUACAAAGAGUACCAAGCAUGGAUUGUGCUGAAGGAGUUGCAGUGCGUGAAGAGUUUAAAGCCUUUUUUAUGACAUAGAAAGUUGCAGUUUUAAAUCAGCAAUGUGCUUCAGAAUGUAUCAAUGUUCAAUGAAGCAAGAUAUGGUCAAGCUGUUAUUUAUUUAUAUGAAAUUUUUUGAAGUAAUUUUCUAUUAUUGUCCUGUUAUAUAUAAUAGCCUAAUUAUUUUUAAUAAA